AGUUCGUGCUCGCGAUCGUCUUAGCCUGUGGUUGAUUCGCAUGGCCAUGCUGCCGAACUGACAACCUUUGACGUGUGGAUACACCGUCGGUUGCCUCAUGCACCAGCACCGAAGCAUUUGUCACCCCAAAUGAGGUGGUUUCGGCCUCGUUCCACACAGCAUAUAGGCGAUCAGCAGCGACAUCCAUCCUAAUGUGAAUUACAAGCGAAUGUGUGACAGGGAUAUGCAGGCUGCCGACAGCCAGGAAUAAUCAGGACUGUCUGGAGGCAUGGAGGGUCACUCGGGUCCUGAUCCUGCUGCUCAGGGACUCUGGCCAUCGCUUUUCCAUCUCUGCGAAGACAAGCCUCCGACUCGGUCACUGGACCAGUCAUUUGGACACAUCAUCAACACGACUCGAGAGGGCACAGGCAUGCACUCGGCUGGACCUGAGUGGGACGAGCGCCGCCUCGAUGUGAAGUGUAACAUCAAGUCCCUUUAUUGCACUGAUGCUCAGCGAGACGAGAUCAAUGCAAUAUACACGAAUUCCAAAGACUUUGCAAGGGUCUAUACAACCACACCAUCGAACCAGGAGCUCGCACAACAGCUAUUGCUCCUCAACAAGCUCGACGAAGAAUCACUGGCCAUGCUCGAGUCUCGAUGGAGUCGGACUCACCAGCGAACGUGGAGGCGCCGAGAGGGAGAGGUUGAGCGCGUCGUAUAUCAAUGGUAUUUCAGCUCUGAAUACAAGUAGGGUACAAAUUUAUAUAUUCUUC